UAAAUAGAUUAAAAAUUAAGAUAUUUGUAUUUUAAAUAUUUUAUUAUAAAAAUGUUUCAAAUUUUUACGUUUUGGAUCUUAAUAACUUACGCAACCAGUUUUAUUCUACAACCUAAUGAUUAUAAAGUUGAACUAGUACAAGCGAUAUUUCGGCAUGGUGAUCGAACACCUACGAUAUAUCCAACGUAUCCAACGGAUCCAUACAAUGCAUCUUUUUAUGAACCCUAUGGCAUUGGACAGUUAACGAAUAAAGGAAAACAACGCGCAUAUAUGAUAGGUGCUAUGUUGAAAAAACGUUACGCAGAUUUUCUAGGAGAGAUUUAUAAACCUGAUUAUGUAUAUGCCUAUAGUAGAGAUUUGGAUAGAAAUAAAAUGACACUACAGUUAGUACUUGCUGGUAUUUUCCCACCAACGUUGCAAUUAACUUGGAAUGAAAAAAUAUAUUGGAUGCCGCAUCCAAUGUAUAUCAAUCCAAAUGCAUUUGAUUUUCUUUCAGUAAUUAUGAAAUGUUCUGCAUAUGGAAAACUUUGGCAUCAAGUUAUCAAUUCAUCUGAAAUACAAAAAAAAUUAAAAUCACACAAGGAUUUUUUAACGUAUAUUUCUAAAUCUUCAGGCUUUCCAACAGACUUUUCUACGGCAAUAAAACUUUAUAGUAUAAUUCGAUCUCAAAUGAGCUUAGAUUUGCCACUACCUGACUGGUGUACAAACGAAGUUUUUGAAAAACUUGAAGAACUAAUGACUCUUCAAUACAGCAUGCUCACAUAUACAAAUGAUAUGAAAAAAUUUGUCGCUGGACCAAUAAUUAAGAGAUUUUUAAAUAAUCUUAAAAGCCACAAAUCGAAAGAUAAUAAUAAAAAAAUUUAUUUGUACAGUGCUAAUGAUUAUUCUAUAGCUGCAUUUGCUCAGGCUCAUAAUUUUACGGUUCCAAUUGUUGAUUAUGGAUGUACCAUAAUAUUUGAGAAAUUAAGAGGCAGAGAUAAUCAAAUUUACGUUCGCGUAAGAGUAUUUGCAUAUUAAUAAUCAACAUUUUUAAUUCUACUAUUAAAUGUUUUCUUUUUCAGUUCCUUUUAUGGUCAAGUAUUGCUGAAAAAUUAACUGUUUUAAAGUUGCAAAAUUGUGAUGAAAUAUGCCUUUUAGCAAAGUAUUUAGUGAUUAUUGAUCCAAUUCUUCCACUAAAAUAUGGUACAGAAUGUCUUUAUGAAAAUGCAAGAAACGAAGUCGAAAAUUUUGUAAAUGGAAUAACAGAUAAUAACGAAGAAAAUAUUUAUAUACCACCAUUUGCU